AUGACAAGAUCUACAUCAACUGGGAAAAUUUAUGAUGUUAAUUACAUUUUUGGUUAUAUAGCCCUUAAGAGCGCUCCUUAUAGCCAGUCGCUUACUGUUACAAAUGCUAAUGGAAACUCAAGCCCAAAAAUAGGAUCAACUGAUGGUUUUUAUUUUGAUUUUACUAUUAGUAAAAGUCUUUGAAAAUCAGAUAUUAUUGAAAUUGUGCCUGAUACAAAUUUUGGAAUUUCUUCAAAAGUUGUCUGUGAAUCUGCUAGCAUAUCGUUUCAAAAAAUUGGAAAAUUUUAUGUCAAAAUUUCAUCUUAUUCGAAGAAAUAA